AUGAAAGACAUACCUCAAUCUAUACCUGUAUAUUUUGUCACGGUUUUGUGUUUCUCGACUACACGAGGCGAGAGCACCAUGCGUCGCGUUUUUGAAUUCUUUGAAACCGCGUGUCUGUCGUCCGCCGCCCGGUUUCGUGUUGUGCCUUUACGCGCUCUUUUAUCGUUAGUAACGAACGCCGUUCAGCCGGUCGACUUGGCCUUUGCCGUCGACCAUUCUACGCGUCCGUCCAUGGUCGAGACUCGUGCGUUCUCUCGACGACGUCAGUGGCCUAUCGUUUUACCGCAGUGUGCGUUCGUACGAAUAGCAUUUCGCGACAUUCGGUCGUAA